AUUGUCCUAGAGAAACCCAUCAGGCAAGUUGGACCAGGCACGCCUUUGACAGCCUUUACUAUUAGAUAAACCCAAAAUUUUAGAAAAACUGCUUAAAUAUUUGAAUUUAGUUAGAUACUCCCGAAAUUCCUGGUGAAUGCAUUGCCCAAACUAUGCCCUACAGCAGCAGCUAAGCACUGAGUACUAAGGACCAUCGGCAGCCAUGCUACUGAAUGAUGCCAGCAGGGAUCGUCCCAUCGGCCAGGAUCUUCGGCGCCUAACAGACGCCGAGCUGUCCAGCUUGUGCAAGGCCUAUGGGCUCGGUCUGGGACCCAUCGAUUUCCAAAAUAGACGCAUGGCAGAGCGCGAACUCCAUGUAGUCAUGAUCACGGAGCGGGCCAAGUACCGCGCCCACCAGCAGUUUGCCCUGGAGUGCAACAUGCGAGUCUCCGGCUACAUGCGGCAAGUUCCGCCGCCGCAGCCAGACUACGGUUUCAUGGACGUACUGCCGGAGAACUCCUACCAACCCAUGCCACCCCAAACAUACUGGCCCUCGCCUGGCACCAACUUGCGCAGCCCACCUUCGCCCAGCUGGAACAUCCAACAUCGGCGGGAUCCUCGGGAGCGUCCGGAUCCGGUGCUCGAGCCAGCUCAGUACUUGACCUGGAGGCAGGAGAACAGGAUAAGCAACCAAAGGACUGCAGAUUCGGAAAACAACUUCUGGGGCUUCAAGAUGCCCUUUUCACUGGGCGCUGCCAGGGAAAUCAGGUCAAGGAUAACCAACUCCAUCAAGCGCUUUCAGGGCGGAGGUGCGGAGAAAGCGAAGGUGGGGAUCCAGAAUGGGCCAGUGAAAAAGAAAGGAAAGAAGGUUGUACAGUUCGAUGGGAUGUACUCGCAUAGAUCUAACUAUGAUGAAUAUCAAGAUGAUUAUCAGGAGGAUUAUCAGGAGGAUUAUCAAGCGGAUUAUCAGGAAGAUUCUAUUGAAGAUAGUGUCGAAAAACCUUCCAGCUCGGACCGGGAACGAGAUACGCUGUCUGGUUCCUCAGAAGAUGGAGGCCAGGAAGUUGAGAGGAAGGACCUCAGUCCCCAGGACUCCUAUCCAUAUCCCUUCAACUUCCGGGAACUUCAGAGACAGCUGGUUGAUGCAGAAACCCAACAUGAACUACGCGACUACAAGAGUUUCAUCAGCCUAUCGAGUGUUUAUCACGAGUUCGACAGCCAAGUGCCAAUGGCACGGACAGCGCCAUCUGUGGACUCCAAGCCCCGCUUCAGCUGGUGGUGGCAGUGGCGGGCGAGGGCGGGAGACGAGCGGAUUCCGGAGGCGGAGCGGACCACCGAACAGGAUCUGCUGCAGGAGCGCGAGCUGAAGACCAUCAACUACCUGAGCGAGGCACCUGCGCGUCUGGAUGACGGCGUGGUGGAGCUGAUGGGCAGGGUGGAGCUGCGCGACGACAGCGAGGAGGAGGUGGUGAUGCGAGACACUCGAAUAGCACGGGAAUCCCGCUCCUGGAUGGGCUUCUGCCGGCACAUCUUCCACCGGCUCUGGUGCGAUCGUCACGGAAAACUCGACCCGGAAAAGCUGCGCUGCAGCUUCGUGUGCUGCUGCAUGGCCUUCAGUGUCUACAUGGCCUUCAAAAUGCUGCGGUAUUGACAUAAUGUGGGCAAUUUCUUAGGUGUUUGUCCAUCAGUAUUCUGGAAAUUAUGCAUAUCUCAGUUGAGAAAAGGAUGCACGUUGUAUUCAUCGUAAUCACCUGCCUUUGUUUUCUUAUGUUGAGAUACGAACCAUAUACUCAGAACACUACAGUACAAUAAUCCGUAUAAGUCAGGUUUAUUUAAAGUUUAAAGGAUUUUAAUUUUAUUCUGAGCACUUUAUAACUAACUUUCUUUCCA